AUGAUUUCAUUUCUGAAGAUAUCAUUUCUGAAAUCGAUAAUAUAUGAAAAUUGUUUAACAGGCACGUAGCUGAUUGUAGAUAUACGGAUUUUUAAAUCGUUGGGUUAAGUUCUUCGACUUUAGAUAGAUGUGGAAACUAAGUUAAAAGCCUAUUAAUGGGCCCUUAUGGAUAUUAAACAAUGGUGACCAAGACAUUACUUAAUUGAAUUAAAAGUUGGUAUUUGGAAACUAGACUCUUGGGAUAAAGAAGGAUUGGAGAUUCAUACAAACGAUGUUUAAAUAGAAAAUUUAAAAUUGGAUUAUCAUGAUGGAACAAUGAUCUGUAGAAACGAGAUGUGGGAAGAUUUACUUUAGCCUCUUUCAUUAAGAUUUUAAAUUACAGGAACUGAUUUAAAAAUAAAGUUAAAAGACAAUCUACAAAAUAAUUCAGGUGAAAAAUCUUUGGGAUGGUAUAAAUUGAAUGACUUCUAGAAUCUUGGGGUUUCAGAGACUUUAUUUUGAGACUUACUAUUCCAUGUGUUAACUUUUAUAGUGAAUGUAAUUACUUAGGAACAUUAUUUUAAAUAUGUUAGGGAGAAAAAUCCAAGUUACAAAAUGAAAUUCCAAGUAAAAUCAAAUCAAUUCUUAUGGGUCCUGAAAUAAUUGUAAAAUUGAUAAACUAUUUUGCUGGAGUAAUUUAAGAGUUCACCUCUUCAUAGCCAUGUUUGAAUGUUUAUCACGUAUUGAUUUAAUAAAUCAAUUUUAGUUUCCAAAGGUUAACUAUGAGAAUGAUUAAAAAUAAAUUAAAACAAAUAUAAUUUAAUCUUUAUAAAUUCUCUUUUAAUGCAUUUUUUACAAAUAUGAUUUAAAUUUACCUGAGUUUUCAUUUUCAAUGAUAGAAGUGUAAUUUAAGCCUCAUUGGAAAUUAAAAAAAAAUAAUAUAAAUUGUAUUUUUAAUAAAUCUAUCUUCAAUAAUCAAAUUAUGAAUUUGAUGUAAUUCUUAGAACAAUCUUUUCUCUUCUUUGGUCUGGCUCCUUUUAUUAUUUACAAAACAUCAAAUGCACAAUGA